UGAGUCUUGUGAUCAGAGUUCAUUUGCAGGCAUCAAUAGCAUCAGUUCUGCUUCUGCUACCACUGAAGGUGAAGAUAGCAGAUCUUUUUCUUCAUCCAACCGAAAUAUGCGCAGUCUUUAUAAAACAUCUAAUUCAAGCACAAGCAGUUCAGGAGAUGCUCUUGAGAUGAUGACUAGUCUUGGAAAGGCAUUGUUUGAUUUUGGCCGUGGAGUUGUUGAAGAUAUUGGUAGGACAGGUGGCCCCUUAUCUGAAAGGAACAAUUUUACUGGCGGUAGAAUAUUUCGUGUUCCUGAUGAUGGGGAAUACAAGUAUCGAUCUGUAGCUGCUGAACUCAGAGGCUUGCCCUGUCCAACUGCAACAAACAAUUUAAUUAGAAUAGGAGUUACUGAAGUUUGGGUGGGAAACAAGGAGCAACAACUAUUAAUGAGUUCAUUGGCAGCCAAAUUUAUCCAUGCAAAUGUACUAGAGAGAACAAUUUUGUUGAAUAUUUUCUCCAAUUACACUCUUCAAUCAUUUUUAAAGCUGCAGAGUUUCUCAUUUUCCCUACUAGCAAGUAACAUGCGAUAUCUUUUUCAUGAAAACUGGGUCAAUCAUGUAACCGGCUCAAACAUGGCACCCUGGUUCUCGUGGGAAAACAUUGCAAGCUCUGGUACAGAGUGGGGCCCUUCUCCUGAAUGGAUUAGACUGUUCUGGAAAACUUUUAGUGGUUCACUGGAAGACCUUCCUCUUUUCUCUGACUGGCCUCUUAUUCCUGCUUUUCUUGGUCGACCAGUUCUUUGUCGUGUAAGAGAGCGUCGUAUUGUCUUCAUUCCACCCCUAGUAGCUGGUUCUAAUUCUGUUGAUGCUAGUGAUGAGAUGAGCUUAACUGAAAGUAGCACAUCAGGGUUAUCGCUUGAUACAGAUCUGGCUAAUCCCUAUACUUUAGCUUUUGAACAUUUUGAGAAAAAGUAUCCUUGGUUAUCAUAUUGCUGAACCAGUGCAAUAUUCCUGUAUUUGAUGCUACUUUCAUGGAUUGUGCUGCUCCAUCCGACUGUUUACCUGGACCUGACCAAUCAUUGGGUAAGGUUGUUGCAUCCAAACUUCUUGUAGCUAAACAAGCUGGCUAUUUUCCGGAAAUUACUUCCUUUCUGGCUUCAGACCGUGAUGAGCUUUUCAGCUUAUUUGCUUCUGAGUUCUCUGAUAAUGGAUCAGAUUAUGGAAGAGAAGAGCUUGAAGUAUUACGUGAGCUACCUAUAUAUAAAACUGCUGCUGGAACGUAUGCUAGAUUGGUAACCCAAGAUUUUUGUAUGAUUCCUUCAAAUACAUUCCUAAAGCCGCAUGAUGAACGAUGUUUAUUUCACACCACAGAUUCUAGUGGGGGUGCUUUAUUGCGAGCUCUUGGAGUGCCCGAGCUGCAUGAUCGACAGAUUUUUGUAAAAUUUGGAUUACCAGGGUUUGAACGAAAAUCAGAGUCUGAACAGGAGGAUAUUUUAAUAUACCUUUAUAUGAAUUGGCAAGAUCUCCAACAAGAUCCUUCUAUCAUCGAAGCUCUUAAGGAGGCUAAUUUUGUUAAGACGGCAGACGAACUUUCAGUGCACCUGUCUAAGCCCAAAGAUCUUUUUGAUCCUGGUGAUGUUUUACUGACAUCUAUUUUUUCUGGGGUCAGAGGCAAAUUUCCAGGGGAAAGAUUUAUUUCAGAUGGAUGGCUUCGCAUUUUGAGGAAAGUAGGACUUAGAACUUCAACUGAAGCUGAGAUAAUUCUUGAAUGUGCAAAAAGGGUGGAGUUUCUUGGAGGUGAAUGCAUGAAAAUUACGGGAGAUUUGAUGACCUUGAGACAGAUAUUUCGAAUGGGCAAAAUGAAGUCUCUUUUGAAAUUUGGUUAAUGGCUGAAAGUCUAGCCAAAGCUGUAUUCUCAAACUUUGCAGUCCUUUAUAGCAACAAUUUCUGUAAUCUCCUAGGUAAUAUUACUUGUAUUCCUGCUGAAAAGGGAUUUCCAAUCAUAGGUGGAAAGACAAGCGGCAAAAGAGUGCUCUGUUCAUAUAGUAAAGCUAUUGUGAUGAAAGAUUGGCCACUUGCUUGGAGCUGUGCUCCCAUACUUUCUAGGCAGAGUGUUGUUCCACCUGACUAUUCCUGGGCUGCACUCCAUUUGAGGAGUCCUCCAUCUUUCCAGACAGUAUUGAGGCACCUUCAGGCCAUUGGGAAAAAUAAUGGUGAAGACACACUUGCUCAUUGGUCAGCUGCACCUGGUUCGAAGACUAUUGAUGAAGCUUCAUUUGAGGUUUUGAAAUAUUUGGAAAAUGCCUGGGAUUCUCUAUCUUCUUCAGUUUCAGACAUGUUGGAGGUUUCAAAGAAAAAUUGGCAAUGAAGGCCUAAUGAAAAAAUCAGCAAUGAAGGCUGGAAAUUGCACUUGGCAAUAAAGACUUGAAAAGAAGAAAGCACUCAGCAAUGAAGGCUGACAAGAAGAGGUCCCAAGAGCAAAAGCUUUGAUACCAUGAACAAAAUGAAAACUGAAUUGUUCUGUUAUCUCUUUUGUUCUAGGCUUUGUACAACAUUUAUACA